AUGUCUGAAGAAACAAAUUCAAACAAAACAAUUAAAACGGAACCGAUCGAUGAUUAUCUUCAAGUGAAGCAGGAAUAUGAUGAUUAUGAAAAUACAUCAGAUUUGUAUACGGAUAAUGAUGAUAUAUGUCUGCAGCAAUUUCUAAAAUCUGAGAUUACAAUUGACGAGGAAAUAAAACAAGAGACGAUUGAUGACCAAUAUGACGUGACUAGUACAAACAAAACUGUAUUAGAUGAAAAUUCUUCCCUAUGUAACGAAGAGAUCAGUGAAUCAAGUACGAUAGUCGAUAGUACAAACAAAACAUUUGACAAAGUUUCAGGAAAAGAUAAGACAACUAGUAAGUUGAAAUACAAAUGUAAAUCAUGCAGUAAAACAUUUGUAGAAAAAGGUAAUUUAAUAACGCAUUUAUCAGUGCAUAGUGAAGAACGACCUAUAUGCAAUAAAACGUUCAAAACAAAACCUAUAUUAAUGCGACAUGAAAGAAGACAUACUAGAGAACAAACCGGAAUUAAAAAGUCAACAAAACUGUUGAAUCAGUCUGGAAACAGCCCGACCUAA